AUGAAAUUAGUGAAACCGCCUCUCUAGGUUAAGGAAAAAUAAUGGGAUAAUCGUUUUUAUUUGGGAAAGCUGAGUGAUCACGAAAUUAAGAAAUAGUUUAUGAUUAAGAAGAAAUCUGUAAGAAGACCAACAUCAACGAAUAAAAUUGUAGCAGAUGAAAAACCGCAAGCAAUACGGCUUUAUGAAUUACAAUUAUUGUGGGAAUAAUUCCGUAUUCCUCAAUUUCAUAGGGCAUACUUUCUUCAAUAUAAUGAAAAAGAUCUUGAUGCUAUUUUAAGAGAAACUGUUGAAAUAAAGUUAAAGUAAUCAAUAGUACAAAAGUUAAUGAGUCUAAUUAAAGGUAGGGAGAGAUGUUUAAAUUAUUUAAAAACUGAAACAUUUGAAGAACAUAAAUUCUCAGAGCUUUUAUUUCAUCUUAGAAUUUUAACAGUCAAUGUUAUUGAGCAAUUUAAAAAAUGGAGAGAUUCCCUCAAUAGAUGUGUUAGGUGGAGAAUAGACGAAAUAGAUUAUCUCGUGAAAUUAAGAACAGACAUAGAUUUUUUAAAAGAAUACUAUUAAGAUUACUAGAGAGACCCAUUUAUGUUGUGGUUGUAUAAAUUAGGCAAGUUUGACUCAGUGCAUUCGAAUUAUCAUUAAUUAUAGAAAGACAUGAUGAAAAGAAUUCGUGAUUGGUAAUCAUAUAUUAUAUUUUCAGUGAAAUAUUACUCAUAGAGAAUGAUUACUUUGACAUGUAAACCAACAUUUUAUCAAGAAAGGAAGCCUAACUGAUAAAUAAAUAUCUAAGAGAAUCUACAAUUCAAAUGGAAGAUUAACUAAAAAUUUAAGAGUUAAAACCUGUUAGUCCCAAUAUUAAAUAGACUAAAACAGUUUAAAUUUAGGAUAAUCUGAAUAUCGUUCCAUAAAUAGUGAGAAAUAAAGAUUAAUUUACCUAGCUAUUGAAUCAAGUUAAAAAUGAUAGCGAUAUUGAGAGUUCAUUUCCAAUGAGAGACAAUUUAUUUGAAACAAUUGAUUUUCAGGAUUGUCAUAUUUUAGCAUUUAUGCAGCAUUAAAAAAUUAAAGGCUUUUGCAUUAGUUAAAGCGAACAGUCUGAAUAAUAUCGUAAAGUUAUUAUCGAAUAAAUAAAAUUGGAAAGUUUGCAGCUGUUUCCUCAAUUCAUCUAAUAAUUAACCAAUUAUUUAAUUGGAAAUGAAAUAACAAUCAAAUUGGUUCAUUAUAUGUAAAAUGAAAAACUAAUUGACUGUGAGUAAUUGAAAGUUGCAUUAAAACAAGAAGGAUUCAGAUGGAAGUAAUAGACAAAUGAUUGUGAAAGAAAUAUCAGAUAUACAAUUUACUAUAAGAAGAAGGAAUAUCAAAACUAAAUAAUGAAUCAAUUUAAAUUUAAUUUUCAUGUUCAUAGUACAAAAUUAAAUUAAUUGAUGCAAUUGGUUUAUAAUAAUAUUCAUGAAACCACUGAUAUAGCUUAAAAAUUUAAACGAUAUGCUGAUUCAAGGAAAUUUGAACACAAUCCUCCUCAAAUAAAAUUGAAACCGCAAGUCAAUGAUGACAGAAUAAUUUUGUUGGAUCUAAAAAUUAAAUUACCAGCUUUUAAAACUGAAGUUAGAAAUGAAUAUAAAUAUUACAGAAUUGUAUUUAAAUUAUUCAUAAUUAGAUUUAAGAACCUGAAAUAAGUAAUAUUUCUUUUAUAGAGGUAGAUGGACAAAUUAUAUAUGCCUUAUCCUUAUUGGACAAUGAUUAUAAUAUCCUUAUUUCUAAAGAUCAAAUCAAUCAUGAAACAAUUUAAAUAUCCUAAUUUUAACCGACCUAGGAAGAUCUCUCAAUUCCUAUGUUUUGUUAUAAUGAUGAAAUAGCAGACAUCUUUAAUCAUCACAUCAAAUUGCAAUUUGAACACUUCAUGAUAAUCAAUAGAAAGCCUAACACUCAAUAAUAAUCAAUUGAAGUUAAGCCUGAAACCUUUUAUUUUUCCAUACUCUAUGAAGGACAUAUAAUAAACUCAUUUAAGAUACAGCAGCAUCAUCUGAUCAAAUUUAAGCCAUUCAAGUCAUAACUCAAGAUAAGUGAUGAUGUAAAAAUUGAUACAUCUAAAUUUAUUUUACCGUGCUUCCCAUUGAUUUAGAAAACUCUUGAAUCUGAGCCACUAAAAGUCAUUAUCAAGAAUUAUGAAUGUAUAUGUGCUUUGGACAAUUAUGCGAGUCCUAGAAAAUGGAUUAUUUAUACAAUAGUUGGAUGCCAAGAGAAUCAAUUCAAAGAUGUGCUUGAAUCUUUAAUAACUUAAUUGACCAUAAUUGAUCCGAAUAUUUAAGAAGUUGGUAUUGCGUAAUUUAUAUGGAUAAUCUAGUUUUUAUCAUGAACUGGUGAAUGGUGAAUAUACUGUAAAUAAAAAUGUUUAGAAGCAACUUACAUCCCUUGGGUUCAAGUGGAAAAUAUAGAUUAAUGAAGCCAAUGAACACACAAGAUUUACUAAAUAUUUAUUAAAAUUGCAGAGAGAGACACAAGUUGUCGACAAUGUAGUGGUUCAGUAUUUUUGUACUCAAGACUUUGCAGAUGUCAACGUUCAGCCCUUAAUUCAAUAGUUUUCAAUAUUUUAUUAAACUUUGACUCAAUCUCAAUUAGUUGUAAAGAGGGUAUCACAUUCAAUAUAUUGAUAGAACAAUCUAAUUCCUUUUUCAAAGUAUUACACUAAGGAUAUUCCUCCUGAAUUAUAGACUGAUUCAAUGUUAGAAACUAGAAUUUCAUAAAUUUUAUAAAAUUGCAAGUAUGGAACCAAGAACAGCAUCGAUUACAUCAUUUUUAAUGUAAGUGUAACUAUUAAUACGAAGAACUAAGUUAUUACAAGUAAUAAGCAUCCUGAGUUGGGGACUAUUUACUUUAUUCAACUCUUUGACAUCGUCUUAUGUUUCUAUCAAUUGGAGAAGGAGAUUAAUAUAGAACGCAUUGCGAAUUUGAUUUAAUAAGUAAGUACUUCACAUAUGAUAAGUCUACAAGUGAUGAGAAUGAGCUAUAGGAAAGCUUAGGGGUUGAAUUCAGUCAAUACAGCAAAGCGGGUAGCAACUACUCCAUGGAGAUCAACUUAAGUAUGGAGAAGCGCAUCGCCAUUGAGAUGUAGGAUUUUAAAACUAUAUCGAAACCUUACUUUAUUGGCUUGAUUGAGCCUAAUUGGUAUGAGAAACAUAAUUAGAUGAUAGCAUCUAUGAUAAUAUUAUGA